CAGUCUGCGAAUUCUCUCUUUACAAAAACGCAAACAACGAGACUGUGGGGAGAAGUUACCGAAAAUACGCCAAUUACAUUUCUUGCAUAAAAUGUCUUCAACAACGAAAUUGCUGGCGUCUUUUACAAGACUAUCACUCCGGGAGAGUUCAUUUCAGCGGUCCAUCUCGACAGCUGCAGCCCCUCUCUGCUUUAGGCUCACACAAGUUGUUGAAGCUGAACCCUUAAAGAAGAAAAAGAAGAUGGAUCCCAUGCUCAUACGUCAGAGAGAGGAGCGUAAGAAGAAGAAAAUUGAGAAACAAAUUCGGCGAUUGGAAAAGAAUGCUAGUCAGCUGAAACCCAUCGAUGAACUGGAAGUCCCGAGAACCAUCGUGCAGGAGAAAGAAAUCCGUAAGAGGUCCAUCCAACUGCAGGAAGAAGUGAAGGAUCAAAGAGUAGCUCUGCUGAAGGAGUGGUCGCAGUACAAGUAUCAGCAGCAUCUGGCAGAGACUGCCAUGAUUGAUGAAGUUAUGGCAUCUCAGCAGCAUGCAUUAGAGGAACUCCGAAAAGUGUCUGAGGAUUUGUGGCUAGAAGCAAUACAACUCGAUCAGACUUUGCUCCCAUAUCGCGCUAGAGGACCCCUGAGAACACCACCCAUUGAGGGUUACAAUACGCCGGAUGGAGAGUAUUUCAACAGGACCAAGAAGUGGGACUAAAAAGAAUUCUUUAAUGGUAGCAUGAGGGUUGGGAACCAAUGUUGAUUCAUUAUUGAUCCACCUUGCACAGCUGUUGCACAGAAUUAAGAUAAGAUUUUUAGUUUUGUCAAGUGUAACACUGUGUUAUAUAUAAUUGAGACGUGUGCAGAUGGACUUGAUUUUGUAAUGGAUGGUUGUUUUUAGUAAGAAUGUAAAUACUGUAUACAAAAUAAAGAGAAAAUCUGCUGGAUAUUA